CCGUGAGUGGCCGGCUGGGGUAGGGGCUGCCAGGGACGCGCUCAGUGGGAGGAGCGGUGGUCCAUGGGAGGCUCCCAGCCCGGCUCCCCUGUGAAUCCACUUCCUGCACCUUCAGGAAGUCCUGCUCCUUUCCCACUCGGACCCUUCAGGCUUUGGACAUAGGCGGCUGCCCCUUGGUGAGCCCCAGUGACCACCUCCACUACUCUGGGUCCACAGGCAGAUCAAGGUUCCUGGUGGGAAGCAACCUGCCCACUACCCCUCACACACACACACCCACAGAACACCCAGGAUGGAGGAGCGGGGAUGGGAGUUCUGAAUGUCCCACCACCACCCCUAUACACCAACCUGAUAGACCCAGACUCUUGGGGCCCCCAGUGCCCUUGGGGGUGGGGCCAGAAGCCGGAAACCAAGAAAGAGGAACCCAAGCUUCCGGCUUCCCAGGGACUGAGCAGAUGGGGGUGUCCCAGAACAUCCUGUGUUCUUGGGGACCCCUCCUCACAACCGUGCACCCUUCACAGCCCCGGUGUAGGCUGGGGUGGGGUGCAGGCAGGGGAGCAGGCCCUGCUGGGGCACUGAGAAGGAGGGAAGCCUUCUCAAGAGCCCUCUCGGGGGGCAUGGAGAGACAGGGGUCUCAAGUUCCCUGAGAACCUUGGCCUCUCUUCUCAGACCCCAGGUUGUGGUGAGGGUCCCGAGCCGGCACCACGGAGCCCCGGCGACCACCUCCACCCCACCCAUGCCCACCGAGCAUGAGGCUGAGAAGCAGCACACAGGGCCAGAGGAGGCAGACCAGCCUCCCUCCAUGUCCAGUCAUGCGGCCCCCCCGGCUGCCCCCAGCCGCAACCCCUGCUGCUUGUGCUGGUGUUGCUGUUGCAGCUGCUCCUGGAGCGAAGGGCGACGGCGAGCGUGGCGGGCUUCCGGGGAGAGCAAGCUGCAGCCCCUCCCCAGCUGUGAAGUCUGCAGCACGCCGAGCCCCGAGGAGGUGCAGAGCUGGGCGCAGUCUUUCGACAAGCUGAUGCACAGUCCCGCGGGCCGCAGCGCCUUCCGGGCGUUCCUGCGCACGGAGUACAGCGAGGAGAACAUGCUUUUCUGGCUGGCCUGCGAGGAGCUCAAGGCCGAGGCCAACCAGCACGUGGUGGACGAGAAGGCGCGGCUCAUCUACGAGGACUACGUGUCCAUCCUGUCCCCCAAGGAGGUGAGCCUGGACUCCCGCGUGCGGGAGGGCAUCAACAGGAAGAUGCAGGAGCCGUCUGCGCACACAUUCGACGACGCGCAGCUGCAGAUCUACACGCUCAUGCACCGGGACUCCUAUCCCCGCUUCCUCAGCUCCCCCGCCUACCGCGCCCUGCUGCUGCAGGGGAGCUCCCAGUCCUCCCAGGAGGCCUAGGCACCCACCCGCUGCGAGACUCGUCGCCUUCCCGUGUGCAGCAGCCGGGGUCAGGCACGCCAGGCCCAGCACCCUGGGGCCCUGCUAGGUAGGAGCUCCCCGUGCAGGGCAGGCGGGAGCCCUCCCCACCCAGGGGACCUAGUGCCCCAAGGUCCUGCUAACAGGCAGGUGUGCUGCCGGCCAGGAGCUCCUGUGGCGAGAGGAGGACCCUCCAGGAGGCAUCUUGGACCCACCAGCCUUACUGGGCCCCUCCCCAGGCAGCCGGGGACCUCGGAAAAUGCCUUUAGUGGGGAAGAGGACCCCUGUACUCUAGUUUGGUGACUUGGUGAGAUCCUCUAGACCAGGCUCAGGUGACAGACCCCAGCAUCUCUCUUCGUGUUCGUUCAUUUUCAACCUGGAAGUGUCCUCACUGUAUUUUACUCAAAAAAAGGUUGUUUUCAUAUUUAUCUCCAUCCCGCUCUCCCAAAAUAGGAUUAUCUUAUUAUUGAAGAUGUUUUUAAAGCAAGUCUCCUCUCUUUCCACAUCUCAGACUCGGGACAGGGGAGCAGCCAGGCUGAGGGGACCUGCCCCACGAGCUCUUCCCCACUCCCACCCUCGGGCGAGGGCCCAGGCAGGUGCGCCCCCAGCACCCCCCACGACUGGCAGUACAGUGGGAAUCACAGCCCAAGCCUUGGGUGGGCGGGAUCCUGGAAGGCACUUGAGGCCCCUGGAGGCUGGCCAGCGGGGCAGUACACGUGGGGUGACCUUCCCCCAAGGGUCCCGGGUGCCAGGCACUGUUACCUCCGACGUGUGUCAGGCACGUGCUGGCCACUCCAGCCCCGAGUUCCCGGGAUGCAAAGAUUUCGACACUGUCUGGUCCAGGGCACCGAGGACCCUUCAAGAGCAGAGGCUGGGACCCAGGCUUGCCUGGCCCUGCACACGCCCUGGGUAGGUGACCCGAGUCCUCUGUGUGCCCAAGGCCCCUCCCACCCAGUCCGCCCAGGGCUGCUCCACUGGGCUGCAGGCAGUGUCACCUGACUCCAGGAAGGAGGGGUGCCCCUGAGGCAGUGGGGGCCCAGCUCACAGCCAAGCCUGCACAUGGCCCACCAGGACCCAAAGCCAAGGACAGCUUGGUGGCAAAAACAAACAUUUAAUAAUUGGGAGAAGGGUGUGCUGUGGUGGGGG